AUGAUUAUCCUGCUUCAUUUUUUCAUAGAUAAGGAAUCCUUAGAAAAGGAACUUCAAAAAAUCGUGGCGACUCUUAACGAUCAAAAUGAGUACAUCGAGAACUUGAAAAAAGACAUCAGCAAACACGAAAAAAGCCAGAAGAACCUCGAAAAAGAUAAAACUCGUAUAUACAAUGACAAGAUUUCAGUUGAGGGCCAACUGGAAAAGAAGCAGAUUGAACUGAAGCAGUGUAAACAGCAUCUUCGCAGAUUUCUCGCCGAAAAAAAAGACAAUAUUAAAAUCAGUGAAGCAGUAAUUGACCAGACCGAGGAAACAGAGGAGACGAAAUCCAUUACAGGUUCAAGCGAGGAUUUUGCCUCGACUGAUAUACUGCAGGCUCAAGUGAGAGACGCGCGGAAUGUGGCGCAGAAACUUGAAAAGGAAAACAAAGAACUGCAAAGAAAGUUGGAAUCUUUAGAUGGUAACAGAAAGCCGUUUAAAGAAACUGAUCCAUCGAGUGAGGUCGAAGACAUUCAGACUGAACCUUCUGCUGCGGAGUGUCCCAACUGCUCCUCUUACAGAGACCAGUUGACCAGUCAGUUACAACAGAUAACGGAGAAGGAACAAGAAAUCACGCGCACUAAACAAGAGUUGAAUAAAUUAAGAUCGCAGCCGCGUACUUCUAAGAAAAAGGACAAUACCACCUCUACAAAAUCUGAAUUGACGCCGGCUGAAGCGCAGGCAAAAAUACGGUCUAAAAAGACAUCAACCACAAAAGCCGUGAAUCCAACCCAGAUCUCAUCCGAAAACGAUACAGGGUCUAGUAUGGAAGAAAUAGAGGAGGAUCAAUCAGAGCCGGGCGGACAGAAAAAAAACAAGACGGCUAGAAGGAGCAAAAAGUCAAGGAAACGGAAAGAGGAAGAAGAGGAACUGCCACUCGACGAUGAAGAAGGGGAUAAAAGUAUCGAGGAAGAGGAUGAUAACGCUGCCAAACCAAGAAAGGCGGCCGACUUAAAAAGAGAGGAGGAGAGGAUAGAAGUGAAAUCAAGAGGACGUAACUCAGUUUUGGGUGAAUGUAGGGAGGAAAAGGCUCCUUACGUGACCGUAAGAGAGGCAAAAGUGGUCACGCUCGCUAAUAAAGGGACUCAGACCAGUCAGUAUGACCGCAAGCUGUAUGAGGGCAUAAGUCAGCGGCAAUCUAUUUCACGACCGCCACCGCCGCAAGAUGACCGACUUUGUGAUGAAAUAUCUGGAUUUGUCGAAUACGGAUAUGAUCUUGUUGAGCAAGGAGCGAAGACCUUGCGAACAGUGACCGAGAAACACCUUGGUGAAAAAGCAAUGGAAAUAUUGGAGUCCAUUGAUGCUGAAAAUAUUCCGAUUGAUAAAGCUAGAGUAAUCAGGGCUCUUGCGUCAACUGAGCAAGGUAGACUGAACAGGCUUGGAAACAAAAGAAGGCGCAGACUAAACAAGCUUGGGAACAAAAGGAGGCGUUCCUCAUUACAUUUGAAGCGGGGCGGAACCAUUCCAAGGGCGUCUAAACAUCAGAUAUCAAAAGACGAAAUGACUGGAAAGGAAAGAGAAAGUAUUAGCGCUGAAGCGGACAGCACUUAUCCUGAGGUGGUGUCCUCUGAGCAAACAGCGCAGAAGGUAGAAGAGCAUGAUAGCGUGACAGGAGAGAGUAUCAUAGCAGCCACGAAAGAACAAGGGAAUUUAGAGGUUCAAAAGGUAGACACGACUGACAAGAAAGAGCCAGGGAUUCCAAACCUGCGCAUUAACAAUUUCUUCCUUGGUCAACUAGCCUCUGAAGAACCCGGUCAGGCUUUCGACGCAGAAUUUGUCAAGAAGAGUCAAUGGAACACACUGAAUGACAUUCUUCACUUGCUCCCGCCCUACUCAAAAGUACCGAAUAAAGUAAAAGUUAUAGCCGAGGGGUCAGCAUCAGGGGCGCCGUUGAGGGAAGACCUAGUGAAGGGACAGUUGACAGUGAUGGCACAACACGCUAUUGAUACGCUUCAAUCGACAGCCAAGUUGGUGAACCACGAGUUACAAGAUGGUAAACGACUGUCAACUGUUGAUCUUCCGAAGAGAAAAGAAGAAGUACCGAUAAUAGGGAGACAAGCUCUUCCUAGGCUUGAAGAAGCAAAGGAAACCAGAGACAGCGAGGCUGCCAUUAAACCCGAGGAAUCUUCCUUUUUCACACCAAUUACUCCCCAAGUGUCCAGCUAUCAGACUGGGGAAAGAAUGCCAGUGUCCACAGUACAACUCUCUCAAGGAGGAGAGAUGAUGAUCAUUGGAGCCACGCCCAACCCCAUCCCUCCUACAGUCUCUACAACCAAGAUGAAGAGGCGAGGAAAGGUUAAGAACUGGUCAAGACGAGAUUUGUUACUCAAACAAAAGGAGAUUAUGGACAAGGUUUUACAUGUAGAUGCCAGAAUUGCCGAUUUGAGGAACAUAUUUGAUGGCAUGGAAGAACCUCAGAGACAUAGAGGAAUACCACAAACACUAUCACAAAACUUUCCCUUGCAAACACACUCUGUUGCCCUACCCUCUCUAACAAAUAGUUUUCCCCUAUCGACACACUCUGUUGCCCAACCCUCCCUACCCCGAGUAUUACAGAUACAAGGAGCAGUUGGUCAAUCUUCAAUCAAGGUGGAUGUCACAGGGGAGGCACCAAAAAGGGAAGAACAAAAUGAGGCUACAAAGCUACCAAUUAUGAACAACUCUCUUUGGCAGAGGAGGCAGUCCAUAGCAAAGUUUCCUUCACAAACUCUGCGCAAACCUUCAACACAACAACAAACAAAGCUACCUCUAUUAAAUAUUGGUCACUUCCUAAAAGUUGAACUGAAACCGCUACUGUUUACAUGUCGCGGCGGAUAUCAGAGACAGCGGACGCAGAGAGAAUCAAAGCACUGUCAAGUCAUUGAAGUACAAUCUCCCAGUAUGUCGGACUUUAAGAAAGCCCUGUCAUCGAACCAAGGGUCGCUUUCUGGAAAGAAUGAUCGUGAAAUUUCACAUGAUCCUGUCAAGGGCAUUAACGACCCUGAAAUAAGAAGAGCGAAAACAGAUUAUGUUUACAAGACAUCUAAUUCUGCGACUACAGAAGAAACGAUUAGAGUUACAGUCGAGGAGCUUCCGGUCGACGAAGAUUUCAAAACACGAUUCUUCGAGGCACAAGACAGGCUUGGAGAGCUUGAACAGGAGUUAAGAAAUACUCGUGAAAAACUACGCAACCUCGAGAACGCCUGUGAAAAUACCGAGGAGAAGAUCGGCGUAUUGAAAAACGCGGCAUUUUCUUAUCACAGGUCUUUCUCAGAGCAUGAAGUGACGAUCAAAACGGUUGUGGAGGAAAAUAAGCUGUUAAAAAUCACCAUUGAAAAGUUUGAGGCGACAAUUCGUGGUUACAAAGAGGAACAAGAGAAAGUCGACGAAAUUAAAAGGGAUAACGAAAAUCUCAAAGAUCAGCUUGAUGAGGCGAGAAAGGGAAACGAUGAUUUAGUAGAACAGCUCGAUAAAUUGCAGAAGGAGUACGACGAUUUGCGUGACAACAACGGCGGCGAAAAAGACAAUAUCUUGCUGGAAAUGGAGUCCCUAAAGCUCAAAUACGGAGAGAUCGAAACGGAAAAUGAUAAUCUACUGAAAGAGAAAGAAGAAUUGCGGGUCGAAGUAGAUGAUCUUGAACGGCGACUGAAGGACUUGCAAAUUAAAUUGUCGGCCGAUGACGAAGUUAUCGAGGAAAUGAAACAACAGAUUGUGGAGUAUCAUGUGCAGAUUCAACAGUCAGAGGAAAACUGCAACAACAGCCGAACGAGAAAUAUCGAGCUUGAGAAAGAAAUGUCCAUUCUGCGAGGCCUUGUAACCGAGUUGGAAAGUAGCUUAAAGGCAGAGAAAGAUAGCCGUGAAAGUUUGUUCCGCGAGGGCACCAACAGGCUCGAUAUUCAAAACAAGAAGAUUACACAGCUGGAGAUGAAUCUCAAAGAGGUUUGCAAAGAAAAGGAACUUCUCUACCUCCAGUUUGUGGAUAGUAAAAACAAAGCCGAGAUGGACUCCAAGCAAUGCACUAAGCAACUUAACGAAACCCAUGUCCGUGCUGAACUAUUCCGGAAAGAGGUGUCUGACAAGGAAAAGACGAUUUCUUCACUGAAGGCUGAAAACGGAGAGUUAAGAGAUGAUAUUGCUCUGCUACAGAAGCAAUUAGAAGACCUUCAAGAUCGCGAUCUGUCGAAGUUUGCGGAGGACCUCGACAAGGCGGACGGAAAUGAUGACGACGAACUAACCAAAUUAAGGGAAGAAAACGAAGAGAUGACGCAAGAAUUGGAGCAACUGAGAGAUGAGGUGAUUUCUUUACAGAGCGAACUGGCUGAGAGAUACAUAGAGGAAGAAAAACCUAGGAACGAAGAUCCAGAUGAAAUUGUGGUUGAGCACCUUCGAGUUGUUCAGAGAGUUCCACUGGCACCGAAUGAGGAUCUGAGUGAUUCCGAUGACUUUGAAGAGCAUAUAGUUGCGGUUGGAGAAACUCCUCAACUUGCAGCUGUUCCAAAGGAGUCUGGAGAUUCGUGGUCCAGUCAAGACUACUCCAAAUCGCAGAUACAAGAACUCGAAGAGCUUCUGGAGCGCACUAAGAAAGAGAAAGAAAAAGUCGAAGAAUGCUUAGAAGAGUCCGAAGAAAGAGCUAAGAAGACCACGGAGGAGCUGUCUAAGACCAUCACGCAGCUAAAUGAUCGAUGUGAAGAGAUGAGAAAGGAGCUCAUAGAGAAAGAAGCUGUAAUAAAUGAGCAACGAAAAGAUCUUGCUCAGGAUAAAAACACCAUCAGUGACCUGGAGGAAAAACUACGAGAGCAAGAAUACAUCGAAGCGGAGCUGGAAAAAGCAAGGAAGGAACUCUUAGAGCUAAAAUCACAGGAGACCAUCGAAGACUUGAGUGAAGAAUAUGAGAAAUUAAAAGAGCAAUACCAAAAGCUGAUGGAAGAUAAAAAGAAGUUGAAAGACAACAACGAAGAUCUUCUUGAAAAGAAAGCAGACAUUGAAGAGCAGCUAGAGGAAAUGAAAGUUAAAUUCGAUAAAGGGAAAGAGAUGUACAACACUCUGUGUGACGAGAAUGAUGACCUGAAGAAAGACAACGACGAUCUUCAGAAACAAGUCGACAAACUAAGGGAAGAAGUGAAAUAUCUCGGUGAUGAACUGAAAGAGGAAGAGGAUUUGCAUGUCACUGAGAAGGAAAAGCUGACCGGCAAGAACAAGGAACUAGGAGACAAGAUCCGUCGAUUGGAGGGAGAAAUAUCGGAUUUAAAAGCCAAGUUGAGAAAAAAGGACGAUGAUGAGAACUGGAAGGAAAAGUUUGAUGAGUUAAAGCGAGAGAAGAAUUCCCUUCAAAUCGAGAAGCAACGCCUGGAACGAAACUUGGAAAGAAACGACGAUGAACAUGAGCAAACUAAGACCAAGUACAACAAAGUUCGACGUGAACUCACCGAUGCCCAAAGUGAGACCGCCAUGUUGCGCCGACAACUGUCGGAACUGAAGCUCACCAAGGACUCUGGAGACCUGGAAAAGGAACUCAGGAAACUCAAGGAAACGCUACGAAAGAAAGAAGAAGAAAGCAAAAACCAUCUAACGGAGCUUGAAGAGCUGAAGCGAUCUUUGUUUCGUCAGACGAGUGAAGACGGUUGGCAGGAAAAGUUUGAAUCUCUGAAACUCAAACUAGACGAAGUUGAAGACGAAAAGGAUUCCUUGCAGAAAGAGAAGAAUAAUCUUCAAAAUGAUCUCCGAAAAGAUUCAGAAAAACUCGCUGAGCUCGAGAUAAAGCUGAGCCAGGCCAACAUGGAGAUAGAGGGGCUAAGCAAGGAUUUCGACAAAUCACAUACAAGAAUCACUCAACUGGAAAUUGAGCUUCAACGAUCUUCUAAACAGAAACAGCAAGCCGAAGAGCAAGCUAAAUGGAUCAAGAAGGAGCUGUUGACAAGAGAAGAGACAAUUAGUAAACUAGGAAAAGAACUGAAUGAAAAGAUGGAGGACAGUGACAAAGAUAACCAGAUAAUCGUACUCGAGAGAGAGAUACAACUCCUUCAAAGCAGAAUACCAGCGUCGGAAAAGGACGAAUCUGUUCUACAUAAUCGUAUCCGGUUCUUGGAAGACAGCGUCAAGGAAAUUAAGGAAAAACUCGAUGGAAAGACCGUUCAACUGGACAAAUGUGAGAAGGAAAAGGAGAGCCUUAGUGUUCACGUUGUUGAACUUUCAAAAGAAAUUCAGGUCCUUUACGAGCGAUAUCAGGCGAGUCGCACAGAAAUCGAGAAACUCCGCGCUGGUCUUGUUGCGGUACCGGAAAAGACACCGGAAACCACGUCCCUAACUAUUGAUGUUGAAAGGAAACCCGAGGUGCAAUUAGGUGUAUUCGUACAAGAACGUGUUCGCAGUCGUGUUGUUACCCCCGGGCUUGGUCGUAGUACUUCCGAGCUGGAGAUUUCCAUCAGCCAGUUGCCAGGAACUGUUGUUAUUGGAGAGCCUGUUGCAGUCACUGUGGACUAUGGUUCAGAGGGAAACCCUCUGGUUAGUCAUCCUGUGGAACUCACUGCAUCCGAACCAGAAGAUAACGAUGAAGAUAGCUUCUCUCACGAAGGUGACGAUGAGGAUGUUCCUCCUGUUGUUUACUCAGCCCCGCAAGUUGAAAGUGCCCCACAAUUCAAUUUCACAUCUCCAUCUACCGACCCAGAGCGAAUUCUCGUGAGUGCUCAAGCCCUACCAAGGCCUCAGCUUCCUAAGAGUGUUGAUCCAGAAAGGUUCCCGUUUCUCAAGGCUUCCGGAGUGCGUCUCAGUGGGGGAGCCUUUCAACCGGUACCCAGCCGAAAUAACAAUCAACCAGGGCAGACUCUACAGGAAGAACUAUCAGAUAAGGAGCUGAUACCAGAGGGAAGAUUUAGGGCAUUCAGCAAAGAGGACCAGUUUAAAUUGGAUGGUCUCUUACACGCGCAUGCGCACCAUCAUGACCCACCUGACGUAUACAAUGAUGUAUACAAUCAGCCGCCUGAAAAUGGUGUCGGCAAUAACAAAGAGUAUUAUCCCGAGGAGCCAAAUGCACGGGAAGAAAGAUGGCCCGAACCCCCACCGUACGACUGGGAGGAACCACCACUGCAGCCCCCACGGGAGGCUUAUUCUUACCAGAGUAGCCCCGGUGGGGAGCAUCCUGACGAUUUUGACGGUCAGGUGGAAAAAUAUCCAGAUCCGCACAAAGUACCCCUCCGGAAACCGGAGGGCUCUUACAAAAGGAGAAUAAUAGGCGUCUAUGACAAUGACGGAACGCUCAUCGGGUAUCAAGACGUCUAUGAAGAAGUAACCGAUGAAUACGCAGAGGAAAUGAAUGGAGGAGUAGUGCCUUACCCGGAACCCUACGAACACAGGGGGGUGCCACACCCAUAUGAACCUGAGCAACGUCUUCCUAUCAAAAUUCCUUACACAAAUGAUACAAGAGGACCUGAGGAGGAUGAACCAGUAUUUUACGAAUACGACAGCAAUCAAAACGCAACCAAAGACCAAUGGUUCAGCCCUCAGCCAGGAGAACGAGUUCAAGAUAACAGAAAACACAACAAAGAAAGUGGCAGGAGCUAUAGACAUGGCUACCCUGAGCCAUACGGAUAUCUAAAUGGUGAUGGAGCACGCAGGAACAGGCCAGCCAUGGUAAGCAGCCAGUACGCUAGCGGCACUUAUUUGUAAAUGACUGGAUUAGAAGUGGAACAAUCACUGAGCGCUGAAGGUCCUCAUUAUUUCGGUUUCGUAACAAUGGAUCAUGCUUUAGAUCAUUUUCUAAGUAAAUAGCAGACAACAUAAAACCUGGACAAAAGAUUAGGUCCAAUUGAGCUGAUAAAGAGCUUUUCCUUAUUAUCAAGGAUUAGAAGUGGAACAAUCAUUGAACGCUAAAGGUCAUCAUUAUUUCGGUUUCGUAACACUAGAUCAUGCUUUAGAUCAUUUUAUAAGUAAAUAGCUGAUAACACAAAACCUGGACAAAAGACUAGGUCCAAUUGAGCUGAUAGAGAGCUUAUCCUUAUUAUCAAGGUAUAGUAAUUCCUAUUCAGUCAGUCAAAAAAUUGGUUUAGAUCGGUCGAAUGAAUCACGGAAGACUAACGGUGAAAGGAAAAAGUUGAUAACUUUGCUAGGUAUCAGAAAUGGAAAGUAAGAGGGAUUUACAAAUAGAAUGAUAAAAUGGAAAAAGAAGAAAAAGAGCAGUAACGGCUUUUCCGUUCUUUGCGGUGAAAAGAAAGCUAGCAUAGUUCUUCAUUUUGGGUAUACCUGCGAAUCUUCUCAAGUAGUUGUAUUUGCUGUGUAGGUUUUUUAAGGUAGCGAGUGACUUGUUUCCAGUCGGCUAUUAAAGUGCGAGUAAUUUUUUCCCUUCUAUUUGAAGCUAAAGCUGUGCUGCUCUUCGAUAUAAAAUUAAGUUUUUCGACCAUCUUUAUUUAGACAAAUGCCUCUUGAAAUUUUUUAAAAUUGUUUUUUAUGAAACGGCUUUAUUUGCCAUCUUGUUCUUGUAUACUCACCUUAAUUUUAUAACCACUGAAGCAUAAAUCUCCCAAUUUUUAGCUUGUUAUUGCUUCAUUCAAGAUUUAAAAUGGCGUUCAAUCUUGAGGUAUAACAUUCAAAUUUUAACUAUUAAUUCCAAGAAACAAUUUUUGUCAGUAAGGACAAUAAACACUUCAUGUUAUAGGGGAUUUCAACACAAUCUUCCUAGGUCCAGAGAAGAUUAGUGAGCGAUUAGUUGUGACAAUGGUGUGAUAUCCAGUUGACAGUGUAACAUGCCUUUGAAGGCAAAGUGAGUUCGUGCGGAGUGGAACGACAAGGAACUUAUAACCGAUAAUAGCAAGCACUUUAUUGUUAAGAAUAUUAUUUUACAAAAUUAUUUUUUACGUAAUAAAUUUACGGGAAAUUUUCGUACUUAUUU